AUGAAACAUUGUUGGCAAUUAAAGACAAUGUUUACGUUAGUUGUUUAUUCUUUAUUAUUACAUGGUGAAUUACACGAAUAUGUAGCAGCAUUAAGUUCAGAAACUCAUUAUACCGGAAAAAAAGAAAAUGCAGAUCCAUUAUCUAUUCCGUUGUUAAACGACGAUGGAGCACCCCUGGUAGCCAUGCUAGACACUAAUACCAUUAACAGGAAAAUUAAAAGUUACAUACAAACACUUAUGAGGAAUAUCCUUCCAAAUUCCAUGCAAGAACAAAUGCGAGGUAUUUUUAAGUCUUCAUUGAAGGAGGACGCGACCACAGACUUAAUCAAAACUAUCACCCUGCAGGAGAUACAUGACGCUUUAAACCAGCAAGUACAACAAGACAUAUCUUCACCAUCAGUUGCACAGUACAACGAUUGUACAGAGUUACAGAGACAAACAAAGAAAAAACUGAAUGAUGGUGUUUACACGAUUUAUCCAGGGGGAGAUAAUCCUGUCCAGGCGUACUGUGACAUGACCACAGACGGCGGAGGCUGGACGGUUAUGUUAAAACGGUGCAGUGGAUCUGUUAAUUUCAAACGUACCUGGGUUGAAUGCGAAAAUGGAUUUGGUGAUAUACAUGGCGAAUUCUGGUUCGGCAACAAAUACACCCAUCUGUUGACCUCCAGUGGAAAGUAUGAGUUGAGAGUGGACAUGUUAGAUGCACACAACAACGAAAUAUACGCUGUAUAUAAAACAUUUGUUGUCGGCGAUGCUGCAUCGAAAUACAAACUAACUGUUGGUGACUACUCUGGAAAUGCAGGUCAAGCAUUUUAUCUUUUAUUAGUUGUUGUUUAA